AUGUUCUCCGGUUGGAUAUGGCCGCCGCCAAGAGUUCUUCUGCGGCUGCCAAACAGAGUGAGGACGGACAAUUUCAUGAUAUCAAGUGGAGAGGAUGGUUCUAGGCUAUCCCUCGUCCACGCCGACGGGUAUCAGCUCAGCAUCUGGCACCUUCCCACCACCAGCAUCGACACAAAUGACUGGCUGCUGGUGCAUGACAAAAUUCAUGUGCGUGAGGCGUGCAGUCGUCUUGAGCAUGUUCUGGUGAUGGCGGUUGAUGACAGACUCGAGUUUGUGUUCCUGUGGCUGCGGUCCAGUGCGGUUCUCAUGCAUAUGCAUCUGCCGAGCAGGAGUGAGAAGGUAUAUAACGAGUUGAAUGUGCGUGAUGGGUACUUCUUAGAUAUCAACCCCUUCAUGAUGGUUUGGCCUCCAAUCUUCCCAGCAUUGAGGGAACAGGACAGUCUUGAGGAGUGA